UCAGAAGGCAGAGGUGGAUUCCAACACAAUCAUGACUUUUCGCUCCAAGCUCGAUAUCACAGAGAACAGACUGAAGGAGGCUCUUGAGACGAUCGCAGUUCUUGAAGAAAAGCUGCAGCAGGCUCAAGAAUACGCAGAGAAAGCCGCCAAGCAGGUGACAUCCCACGUGACGGAGUACAAGGGAGAGAAGCCACCUGGAGGCUGGCCACAGGAGUACAGGGGAGAGAAGCCGCCUGGAGGCUGGCCACAGCAGUACAUGGGAGAGAAGCCGCCUGGAGGCUGGCCACAGGAGUACAGGGGAGAGAAGCCGCCUGGAGACUUGUCUGCACAGGUCGAGAAGGCAGAUGCUGCUACACAGACACACCUAGCGGGUCCUGUUGGUACUGCAGUGAGACCUGGAGAUGUGGGUGACAAGCUUGGAGAAGAUCCGACUGUACAGGAAGAAGAAAAGAGAUCUUCAAGACAAGACUCUGGCAUUGGAAGAGAGGAUGCUCUGGGUUCAGAAGCACCCGAGCAAGAGCGAGACACAUCGGGGACAGAAGGGGCGGCAUCCCGCUCAACUGGGGAUAGCAAACAGGAUGUGGUCACUUUUGGCGGGAAAGGAUCAGAACCGGGAAAGUUUAAGUUCCUGCGCGGGGUUGUGGUGUCGCCUAGCAACGAGAUAUGUGUGGCUGAUAUGGGUAACAGUUGUACCGGGUACAGGAGAAAGUACGAUGCUGCCACGUGA